GUUGCGGACCAACAGCAACUUUCUUCGAAGACACGUCCUGGGUUCGCCAUAUGCGCCAAACAUCGUGGGGACCAGCAGACAACAGAUCUGAUCUACUCCACUGAUGAAUUUGCCUGUGACAAUAUCUUCCCUGGACAUGGCAAUGGGGAGGGUUGGGAUGCGAGGUGGCAAUCUUUGCAAGAUCGCCUGUCCCCCGGCAACGCCGAGUCAUAUGCAAUGUCACAGCUGGACAGAGACAGGUGGCGGAAGACGUACGCUGAGUCAAUUGACGUUGAAGAUGUCUACAGACUCGCUUCUAGCCACAAUAUGAACAAGCAUUGUCGGACGUUUCGCGAACCCGAAAGUGGAAGCUUCAAUGUCUGCUUUUUCGUCACUUUUCCGUCAGACGGCAGGAAAUGGGUCGUGAGGUUCCCGAUCGGCCCAGUUCUACAUGACCCAGGGCGAAAGAUCCAGAGCGAAAUCGCCACUAUCAGCUAUCUCAAACGCAAUACGACUAUUCCUGUACCUGAGAUCUACGGAUAUGGCAUAGGGGCCUCCAAUGAUACCAGUAUCACGGGACGUCCCUACCUUAUCCUCGAAUAUGUGUCUGGCCGACCACUGAACUCCGAUGACCUUCUGACAUGUUCUGCCGAUGCUUCCAGACUAUUUUACACGCAACUUGCUAGUAUAUUAUCACAGCUUCGCAUACAAGAAUUCGACUAUUCGGGAUCACUUGCAACAGACGCAGAAGGGAAAACUAUCUUGAUCUCUCCACAAUCCAUCGAUUCGAACAGCGUCAAGCUACACAACGAACAAGGCACGUUCAAUCAGAGACCCAAGUCGGCAAUCGAGUUCGCUCAUUUCAGUUAUCAAGUCCUGUUUGACCGGUUAAGCCAGCCAGCUGAGAUGGAUGAAGACGACGCUCGACACGAGGUCUUUGCGCUUAUGGACUAUCGAGAGAGGUUACUCAAUCAUGUCGAUUCAUCCUCGAAGACCUUUGUGCUUACCCAUGGAGAUCUUCGCCCUUCAAACAUCAUUGUCGAUGAGGAUCUUACCAUCAAGGCCAUUAUCGACUGGGAAUGGAGCUGCACUGUGCCUCGCCAAUUCUUUAUACCGCCCUUGUGGCUCGCAGGAAACGACGUACCGCUCUCCUUUGAUAACGCCUACAAUCUGGAAUACUCCAAGUUCCAUCGGGCACUUACAAAAGCUGCCGAGUCUGAUCCCGCGUGCCGCAUUCUUGCCAAUGAAUGGGCACCCAAUCUAAGCGCCAGCCUCGACCUCUAUCUCCCUGCUGCUGUCCUUCGCCACGAAAACUUCACGAAUAUAUAUUACAAGUUUUUGUUCCCCAGGUAUUUCAGAGGAAUCAACCGACGAGAGAAGAUACGGGAAUUUCUCGAGGAAGAUGUCCAAAGCGGCACUUUUUCAACAGCGAUUCACAGGAAAUUAGAAGCAUCUCGGGUAUAUCAGCAGAUCUUUUGUGACCAGCUCGCGAGUCGGAAAGAAUCUGAUGUAUAGUUUGUAAAUGGAACUCGCUUUCCCCCUUAGCCGAACUUCUUCUCCAUGUCGUCCUUCUGUUCC